UUGCCGAUGCCUCAUUGUGAUGAUUCUCCAAGUGGAGGAACAACCAAGGGUACGGAAUAUCCGACCGAAAUAAAAGACUUUUGAGCGUCGCUACUUGUGACUAGGAUUUGACGGCCACAAUAAAUAUACCGAUUAUCAAAGUGUGAGUGUGAGUGCUCCAAGCAGACAACAGCCUCGCCAGCAACCAUCGAAGACUCGUGCACAGCGUACUGCUUCAAGCGAAUACGAAGAACUACAUCCGUCAGGAAAGAGAAGAAUACCUUACACUUAACACGAACGAAAAAUAAAAAGUCUCUACUGUCGCUUCCAACAUGAAGAUCCUCAUCACCGGCGCCGGCGGCUUCUUGGGCCAAUUCCUGGCCCGCGAACUCCUGUCCAACCCGGAGCACAAAGUCGUCCUGACCGACAUCGUCGACGUUCCCGUCCCCAAAGGCGCCCAAAACCCAGGCAACGCGACAUGCAUUAAGACGGACCUGCUCAAAGACCGCAGCGUCAUCACGCCGGACCUCGACGCCGUCUACAUCUUCCACGGAAUCAUGUCGUCGGGUAGUGAAGCCAACUACGACCUCGGCAUGAGCGUCAACCUCGAGAGCACGCGACUCCUACUCGACACGAUCCGCCACGUCCGGCCCGGGUUGCGAGUCAUCUACGCAUCCAGCCAAGCCGUGUACGGUCGACCCCUGCCCGACGUGAUCACCGAGUCCGUGCUGCCGACGCCCGAGGGCUCGUACGGCGCGGCGAAGCUCAUGUGCGAAGUGCUGAUCAACGACAUGAACCGCAAGGGCUUCAUCGACGCCGUGACGCUGCGCUUCCCGACCAUUUCGGUGCGGCCGGGCAAGCCCGCCCCCGCGGCGAGCGCCUUCAUUUCGGGCAUCGUCCGCGAACCGCUGGCGGGGAAGGAGUGCAUUGUCCCCGUGCAGGACCGGAAGUUCCCCAGCAACGUGUGCUCGCCCAAGACGCUGAUCUGGAAUCUCGUCUAUGCUCUCACGCUCAAGAGCGAUGCCCUCCCGCCGCACAAGCGCGUCGUCAAUGCCCCCGGGAUCUGCGUGACGAUUCAGCAGAUGAUGGACGCCCUGGCCAAAGUCGGCGGCGAGGAUAAGUUGAAGUAUAUCAAGGAGGAGCAUGAUGAGUUCCAGGCGCGCAUCUUGUACUCGUGGGCGUAUAAUUAUGACAACAGCCUCGCGGUCAAGUUGGGCUUCAAGGAGCCCGCGAGCUUCGAGGAGGCUGUCCGGGAGUAUGUCGAGUAUAUGAAAGAGCAGGAAAAGUUGGGUUGAAAAGAUUGACGCAGGCGAAUGAGCAUUUAUGAAUAUCUUGAAUACAUGGUCUUGUUCUUCUGGAAAAGCACGCGAAGCAGUGUGUCAGAUGGAAAUGUUUACUCCUUUUUUCCUCCUUCCAGCUGAGCCGUCCUCUUUUCCUGC